UGUCUGCAAGCAAUGCAGAAUAAGAAGCUGGCUGAGUCCAAUGCAUGCAGAAUGCUUGUGGCUGCUAUAAUCCUGCAAUUCGCGGUCUGCUGGUGUGCAAGAACGGGAAAAGAACUCAUCGCAUAUCCAAGCCUAUUGGAAGAGAGGAUGACUGGGGCAACCUUGGUUCUUAAGAUUACAGAUGACAUAACACUGAAUCUUGAAAGAAGCUCUGUACUGGCUGAUGAGCUGCUGUUUGUUACAAGCGGUACAAAAGAAUACCGCGUGGAAAAAGUAGACACUUCUUUCAUUCAGAAAGAUAUUUACCAUGACACACAUCGACAGGCUUCUGUUAUGGUACGCAGUAUUGAAGAAGCUGUCCAAGUCGAAGGUAUCCUUGACAGCACACUGAUAAUCAAGCCCUUACUACAAGCACCACGAUCUCUUGAAGGUCAAAUAGCCCACAGUGUAUACGAAGUUCAGGAGAAGGCCGACUCAAGCGCAAUGCGUGAGCAAUUGUUACUCUCCUUUUCGAAAUGA